AGAAUGAGGUAUAUUAGUAAAGUUCAAAAUGAGUUGAAGCCUGUGAUGCUAAUGGUUUUGAUCCAAUUUUCAUAUGUUGGAAUGAAUAUUUUCUACAAAUUGGCUGCAAAUGAUGGGAUGAACUUGAGGGUGCUUGUUGCUUAUCGCUGGUUUUUUAGCACAGCUUUUGUUGCUCCUCUUGCUUUCAUCUUUGAAAGGAAGAAAAGGCCAAAAUUCACAUGGAUGAUACUUGUCCAAGCUUUUCUUAGUGGGUUAUUUGGGGCAACGCUGGCUCAGAACUUGUACGUGGAAAGCCUGGUCUUGACCUCUGCAACAUUUGCUACUGCUGCAACCAACCUUAUCCCUGCUAUAACAUUAAUCCUGGCAACCUCUUUUGGGUUAGAGAAAUUGAGAUUGAGGACAACAGUAGGGAAGGCCAAGGUAUUCGGAUUGUCAAUAGGAAUAGGUGGAGCUAUGCUUUUAACUUUCUACAAAGGUGUAGAAAUUAAAAUUUGGUCUACAAAUGUUCAUCUUUUGAAACACAGUCAUCAGAUUCAGGCAAGCCACUUUACUGGGAAUUAUAUUCUUGGUUCUGCCAUGGCAUUGGGUAGCUGCCUCUCUUUUGCAUUAUGGUUGAUACUUCAGACUAAAAUAAGCAAGGAAUACCCAUGUCCUUAUUCAAGCACAGCAUUAAUGUCCCUAAUGGGAUCAAUCCAAUGUGUUACUUUGGCCCUAUGCUUGGAGAGAAAUUGGAGCCAAUGGAAGCUGGGAUGGAAUAUUAGGCUCCUUACAGUUGCUUAUUCGGGGAUUGUGUCUUCUGGGUUGGUUGUGAUCCUUAUUGCUUGGUGUGUGACCAAGAGAGGCCCAGUGUUCGUGGCUAGUUUUAACCCUCUGUCACUUGUUCUCGUAGCCAUUUCAGGGUCUUUGUUGCUAGAAGAACAACUGCACCUGGGAAGCAUACUAGGGGCAGCAUUAGUAGUGUGUGGACUGUACUUGUUACUAUGGGGUCAAAGCAAGGAGUUGAAGGAAAAAGCUCAACUAAUUCCAACAACAAAUGGUUCCCCAAGAACUGAAUCGGUUGAGGCUGUUGCUGAAGGUGAUCCUCCAGCAUUAAAUGCUUCUUUUACCCAUGAAGAAGCCUCUUUGUCAAAGGAGCGGAAGAAUGAACAAAAAUAA